AUGUUAGGCAAUCUUAAAGAAUUUAUUUCUGUUGUACAAGAUGGUUUGAGUUCAAGUAAUAACCUACGACAGACGUUACAAGAAGUACAGAAGGUGACAAAUAUUUUCAAAGACAAGCAAAAAGUUUCAAAUCAAAAAGUAAACUUUGGAGCUGGAGGUGCCUUAUUAGAAAAGUAUCAAGAAUCGUGGGCUGAUCUACACGAAAAUGCGGAUAAAAAUGCGAAAGUAGCCGAGGAGGUAGAUAUACUGAUACUACAAUUGCAUGAAGUUGCUAAAAAACGUCUUAAAACUGCGACAGUUUUGGCUAAUAAUUUAGGUCAUUUACCAAAUCUAACAGCCAGCGUUGCGCAAUGUAUGGACAGUUUGAGAAAUGUACAAAUAUUGCUAAGGGAAGUUGAGGAGCAACUGGUGGAAUUGGAAGACUUAGUUGAGAGAAACAAUAUGGAGAAGUGGAAGCUAGAUCAUCACUACGAGCUGAGUCUUUACAAGAAAAAGAAAAUGAGUGAGUUAGAAGAAAGAAGAAUUAAAUUAGCAAAAGAGAAUGAGGCAUUGAAUAAUAAACGGGAGCAACAACAACUUGAAGAGCUGCAAUUGAAGAGAGAAACUAGUGCUGCUGCUUUUCAGAGUGAUGUAGCCAGAUAUCUAAGUAGUGGUAGCUUGCCACCAGGUCCCAGUCCUCUUGCGCUAGCUACUGCCUUAGAACAAAUUGAAUUAGAAGAUGAUAAUACUGAUCUAGAAAAGUUCCUUGAAGAAAGUUGA